ACCAAAUUAGCCCCAGUGAGCGAGACUGAUAUAUACUGCGGAGCUGUGAUUGUGUCUGACGGCGGGCUUUGCACUAGUACCAUGGCGGCUGAGCUCUCCACCUCCAUAAAUAUCAAAGAGCCUCGCUGGGAUCAGGGAACAUUUGUGGGUCGAGCAAAGCAUUUCUUUACCGUCACAGACCCGAGAAAUAUCCUCCUGUCGAAAGAAAACCUUGAAAAAGCAUGUCAAAUCAUACAGGAUUACAGACAGGGGGUAGUGGCACCAGGUCUGACAGAAGAUGAGCUCUGGAGGGCCAAGUAUAUUUUUGACUCCGCAUUCCAUCCGGACACAGGCGAGAAAAUGCUGCUGAUUGGUCGGAUGUCUGCUCAGGUCCCCAUGAACAUGACCAUCACUGGAUGCAUGAUGACUUUCUACAGGACAACUCCAGCAGUUUUGUUUUGGCAGUGGAUCAACCAGUCUUUCAAUGCAAUAGUCAAUUACACCAACAGGAGUGGAGACGCCCCCAUCACAGUAAACCAGCUCGGCACAGCAUAUGUAUCAGCCACCACAGGUGCAGUGGCUACCGCUUUAGGACUAAAUGCAUUAGCAAAGCAUGUUUCUCCACUCAUAGGACGGUUUGUACCAUUCGCUGCUGUAGCUGCUGCAAACUGUAUCAAUAUUCCACUGAUGAGACAACGGGAACUCAAACAUGGCAUUCCAGUAACAGAUGAGAAUGACAACAGGUUAGGAGAAUCUUCAGAGGCAGCUCAACAGGCCAUCACACAGGUGGUGGUGUCCAGAAUCCUCAUGGCCUCUCCUGGAAUGGCUAUUCCUCCAUUUUUAAUGAAUUCUUUGGAAAAGAAGGCAUUCCUCAAGAGGUUUCCGUGGAUGAGUGCACCCAUUCAGGUCGGCUUGGUUGGAUUUUGUCUUGUGUUUGCGACGCCGUUGUGCUGCGCGUUAUUCCCGCAAAAGAGCUCAAUGGCAGUGAGCCGCUUGGAACCAGAACUGCAAGAGAAAAUUCGAGCCAGUCAUCCCGGUGUAGAGAUUGUCUAUUUCAACAAAGGACUGUAAGACCAACGUCCGUAAACCUUCACUCUGCUGUAAUGAUUUUAUUUCCCGUGAAUUUAAGACAUGUCCUUGUGUGCCAAAGUCUUCUCCAGGACAUCCCAACCUCAGUCAUUUUGUAAGAUGCUUAGUGAUUUUAAAUGAAAUGCAUUUCGUCAUUAGCUGUGUUAGUCAUUUAUUUUACGGUGCUCAUCCAGACUACUGUGUGUACAUGUAAUUAUUUUUGACAUUCAUGAAAUAAUCGUGUUUGAGUCAUACAAUGUUAUUUUAAGGAUCAAAGAUUAUUGUCUUGUUCUAUUUGUGAGCAUUGCAAUCAGUAUUUUGUGUUGAUCUUUUUAUGAGGGUUGCUGUUUAUACAGUAAUGUCAAAUUUUAACUUCAGUUUAAAGUCACGUGACCUCUUUGACAAUAGUGCAAUCUGUUGAACAUAUUGCCAAAUACAAACCUCUGCUGCACAUUUCAUUAGAAACAGGUUUAAUAAACAGAGAAACUUAA